AUGGAUUCACAUAUUUGCGAUGAGCUCCAGGCACGUCAAAACCAGAUCAAUAAAGAGAUUAAAACCGAGCGAGACCGAGUGACCCAGUGUUCGAAGGAUUACGGUGAACUUAAAACAGCGAAGGAGGCCCUCAAGAGGGCAAACGAUUCAAUGGCAGAGCAGCUGCUUGACCUGCAAUCUCGUUCAAUGCGCGAAAAUCUGUUAUUCUAUGGCUUUGACGAGUGCGCAAAUUCUGCAGACAGAAAAUCUGAGGACUGUGCCGAAAAAAUCAUGACUUUUUGUGUUGAUACACUGAAUAUUAUGGAUGCGCGCAGUCAGAUUAAAAUUGAACGCGCCCACAGGGUUGGGCAAUAUAGAAGUGACAGAAAGCGUCCUAUUGUCGCGAAAUUCCACUCUUAUUCUGAUAAAGUUUCUGUUAAGCAACGCGCCAUGGAGAAAUCGCGUGGCAGCAACGAUGAAUCACUUGUACGUGUUAGCGACCAGUUUCCAAAGGAAAUUCAGGCCAGGAGGAAACAACUGAUUCCAGCCCUAGCAAAAGCCAAAGAGGCUGGAAAACCGGCUUAUUUAUCCUAUGACAAGCUUUUCAUUGAUAACCGCAGAUACACUGUUGAAACCGUGUCACAAUCUGGUUUUUCUGAUGCAUAG